AAGGACUGUAGGUUCUGCUGUUCACUUGCUUAGGGGGGUCAGCGCGUGUAUGUGUCAUCGAGGUGGGCAGGGAAGGGGAGGGCUGUGCCUGUGGGGGAAGGAUAUAUAUGCUGGCGUGGCUGAGACGGCGGAUCCGAGCCUCACAUCCGAGGGAGCCGGUACCGACAGCUCUCAGUACCUUGCCUGCCGCUCCUGCACCAUGAAAAUCCUGCUGUGUGACCUCCUGCUGCUCAGCCUCUUCUCCAGCGUGUCCAGCAGCUGUCAGAAGGACUGUCUGACCUGCAGGGAGAAGCUCCGCCCAGCUCUGGACAGCUUCAACCUCGAGGUGUGCAUCCUGGAGUGUGAAGGGAAGGUCUUGUCCAGCCCCCUCUGGACUCCAUGCACCAAGAUCAUGGCCAGGGGCUCCUGGCAGCUCGGCCCUGCUCACCCAGAGCACUUGGCAGCUGCUCUUUACCAGCCAAGAGCCUCCGAGAUGCAUCUGAAACGAAUGCCCCGUGUCAGGAGCCUGUUCCAAGAGCAGAAAGAGGCCGAGCCCAGCACGGAUGAGGCUGGAGAGAAGGAGCAGAAGCAGCUGCAGAAGAGGUUUGGGGGCUUCACCGGGGCCCGGAAGUCGGCCCGGAAGCUGGCCAACCAGAAGCGGUUCAGUGAGUUUAUGAGGCAGUACCUGGUCCUGAGCAUGCAGUCCAGCCAGCGCCGGCGCACCCUGAACCGGAAUGGUGUCCGGGUGAUCCCCAAAACAGCAUGUCUCCAUCCCCAGACCUGCCGGCUGGGCAUCCGGAUUCCUUCCUUCCCACAGCGCUGAGCCA